AUGAUUCGUAUUCCAAGCUUUGCGGUGUCGAAACCCGCUUCUAGGAAACUCCUGUUUGGCCAGGUCCUCCUUACGGAAAUCGCCAGACUUCGAGCUACCUUCAGUCAGCACUUGCGCGAGCACGAGGUCGCUCUGUCCCAGCUGCGCUCUGACAACGGGCAUGCGCGUUCGUGGGCUCGGCAGGAUGUCGAGCUUCUCAGGCAACAGGUUCAGCUGAUGGAAAGACAGCGUCGGCGACGAAACUUUGAAGUGAAAAAGCUUCGAAAGGCGAUGAAAGAAGUACGAAAUGCUCUUUUUACAGAAACGCCUCCAGCUGCUCAGGGGCACCUGGCUGCAAAGCAGCUCCUCGAUGAGGUGCGAAAUGAGCGCGAACGGAGGCUAGCUGAAAAGCGCUAUUUGGAGGACCAAAUAAAGAAGCUGAGCGACGAGGUUGAGGAACAGCAAAAUGCUGCUCCACUUGUCGAUCAUGAAAAGGAAAAGCUGAAAGCCUCCGUGAGGCAGCUGAAGUUGUCAAUAGAAUCGAAAGAUCGAUAUGCAUGCUGGGUGUGCAACCGCGCAUCCCACGAGCGCCAGGAGUCUGGAUCGGACACCGAGGACUCGGACCGCCAUGAAGACGAGUGCGUUAUGAUGAGAAGGCGCUUGGUGGAAAUGGAGGAGGAGAUUCGCUUGCUGACUGGUGGCACUGCAGGCAGUGGUUUGGCCGAUUUGCAGAGUGCAGCGCCUUCCCAGGCAUCCAGCCAAAAGCCUUCUGCAAGGCUUUCCCUGGAGCCACCGUCCAUCGCAGAGUCGCCAAUGAGCCCCAGCUCCACCUUGCGACCUUUUCGGGAGCGAGUGCCUACGCCGUGGGCUGAAGCGGGGAUGACAUCAGUUGCAGAGGCAUCCGUGCAGUUCAUGGAUUCCAUCACCACGGUGACAUCACCAGAAGUCCCGGAAAGUGUUCCAGAGGUUGGCAACAGGUCCGUGCGUGACCGUAUCUCAACACCUUAUGUGAGAGCAACAACAGAUUUGGAGGAGCGCAGGGUGUUCCUCGCACCGGCGCUGUCGACGGUUGAGGAGUUUGAAGCGGAAGGACUUGAUGGGCAUUUGCGGCCAACCCGGGAUAGGAUGCCAACGCCACAUGUAAGUUCACAGAUGAUCGAGGAGACUCUGCCGAGCACUGGAAAGAUGGUUCGAAUCUUGUCUGCGGAAAUCCAG